AUGACCUUGAGGAGUGACAAGAAAGUCCAUGGACCUGAACCUGUGAUUUCUAAGGACAAGGACCAGGAACGAAUUGAGAAAGAGUUGGAAGAGGAGGGCAGAGACACCAAAGCUCCAAAGGUAACCUCGGACCCAAUCAUUACAGUUAGGACUAAUCCACCUCCCUUUCCUAACAGGUUGGAGAAACCAAAAAAGCAGGACAAGGAGAAAGAGGUCUUGGAGAUCUUCCACAAGAUGGAGAUCAACAUUUCCCUACUGGAUGCGAUUAAACAAGUACCCAGAUAUGCGAAGUUUUUGAGGGACUUGUGUGUCAACCGAAGACGGUUGAAAGGAGAUGAGCGAGUGGUAAUGGGGGAAAAUGUGUCAGCAAUUCUGCAGCGAAAGCUUCCACCGAAAUGCGGGGACCCAGGUCUUUUAAAAGAGACUGGAAUAAUAAUCCAACUAACUGACCGAACCAAUGCAUACCCUGACGGGUUGAUUGAAGACGUUUUGGUAAAAAUUAAUGAAUUGGUUUUUCCAACCGAUUUUUAUGUUCUUGACAUGGAAGAUAAACACUCCCAUGACCCGUCACCUUUAUUGUUAGGUAGAUCUUUUUUGAGCACAGUCCGAACCAAAAUUGAUGAUAACAAGGGUACCCUGUCUAUGGAAUUUGAUGGUGAGAUUGUUUACUUUAACAUCUUUGAGACCAUGAAAUAUCCUUCCGAUUCAAAUAUUGGCUCUGUUUUCUCUGUAAAUGUUAUUAACUCUGCUAUACAAGAGGCACCUGUUUUGGAACUGAAACCGCUGCCAAAACACCUGAAGUAUGCAUACUUGGGUGAAUGGGAGACUUUCCCAGUGAUUAUAUCUGCUAGUUUAUCAGAGGUGCAAGAAGACAAACUGAUUCGAGUCUUAAGGGAACAUAAGCAGGCGAUAGGAUGGACCAUCGCCAAUAUCAAGGGAAUUAACCCCGCGGUGGUCCCGAAAAAGGCAGGGGUAACAGUGGAGUCAAACCAAGAGGGUGAUCUCGUACCAGUUCGAAAACCCACCGGGUGGCGGCAGUGUUAUUUUCAGAUUGCUAUCGCACUUGAGGACCAGGAGAAACCACCUUCACGUGCUCGUUUGGAACAUUUGCUUACCGAAGGAUACCAUUUGGUUGUGUAA